AUGAAUGAGGCCAAUGUGGUGUGCAGGCAGCUGGGCUGUGGGCGUGCCCUUGCAGCCCCUGUGGAGGCCCACUUUGGUGAAGGCUCAGGCGAGUUUGUGCUGGAUGAUGUGGAUUGCAUCGGAAGAGAGAGUUUUCUGGGACAGUGCCCUCAUGCAGGCUGGUCUAUCCAUAACUGUGGUCCUGGAGAAGAUGCCAGCAUUGUCUGUGCAGAAGCAGAGUUAUCAUCCUCUCCAUCAUCAUUAUCCUCCUCAUCAUCAGUGUCAUCUUCAUCACUGCCAUCCUCCUCCUCCUCUUCAUCUCCAUCCUCUUCAUCAUCAUCUUCUCCAUCAUCACCGUCAUCAUCAUCACUGUCAUCAUCAUCCUCAUCAAUGUCUUCAUCAUCAUCAACAUCAUCAUUGCCAUUGUCAUCUCUGUCAUCAUCAUCAUCAUCACUAUCAUCACUGUCAUCAUCCUCAUCAAUGUCUUCAUCAUCAUUGCCAUCAUCAUUGAUGUCAUCUUCAUCAUCAUCGUCAUUGCCAUCCUCCUCAUCCUCGUCAUCCCCAUCCUCUUUAUCAUCAUCAUCAUCUUCUUCUCCAUCGUCACUGUCAUCAUCAUCCUCAUUGUCAUCAAUACCAUCAUCAAGAUCAUCUUCAUCAUUGUCAUCAUCAUUGCCAUCCUCCUCCUCAUCUUUAUCAUCUUCAUCAUCCUCAUCGUCUCCAUCCUCUUCAUCAUCAUCUUCUCCAUCAGCAUUGUCGUCAUCAUCAGUGCCAUCAUUAUCAGCAGCAGCAGCAUUACCAUCACCACUACUAUUAUCAGCAAAAACUAGUCAAUCUAUUGAUGCCUUCUCCGAGCCUUCACUGACCACAGCCCCUGAGGCCUUGACUCUUCCACCAGCAGGGGCCUGGCUGGAGGUGAGGCUGGUGAACGGCACAGGGAGGUGCUCAGGCCGCGUGGAGCUCCUCGCCCAGGGCACGUGGGGAACUGUGUGUGACGACCUCUGGGACCUGGCCGAGGCCACUGUUGUGUGCCACCAGCUGCAGUGUGGCCAGGCUGUGGCGGCCCCCACAGGGGCCCAUUUUGGGGCUGGCUCAGGGUGGAUCCUGCUGGAUGACAUGCAGUGUGCAGGCAGUGAGAGCCACCUGGGACAGUGCGUGCACACGAGCCAGGCUGGGCUCAACUGUGGGCACCUGGAGGACGCCAGUGUCAUCUGUGCAGGUGCUGACGACUCAGCAGACCCCACUCCUACCAUGGAGCCAGCAGCUGCCAGCCCGUCCUACCCCCUACCAGGAUCCUGGAUAGAGGUGAGGCUGGUGAAUGGCGCAGGGAGGUGCUCAGGCCGAGUGGAGAUCCUCGCCCAGGACACGUGGGGGACCGUGUGUGAUGACCUCUGGGACCUGGCCGAGGCCACCGUCGUGUGCCGCCAGCUGCAGUGUGGCCAGGCCUUGGCAGCCCCCACAGGGGCCCACUUCGGGGCAGGCUCUGGGCAGAUCCUGCUCGACAAUGUUCAGUGUACAGGCAGCGAGAGCCACCUGGGGCAGUGUGUGCACAAGGGCUGGGAUGGGCUCAACUGCGGGCAUCCGGAGGAUGCUGGUGUCAUCUGUGCAGGUGCUGACGGUUCUCCGGCCCCCAGUCCCACUGCAGAGCCCGAAGCUGCACCUCCAUCAGACAUGCUCACAGGUGAUGGGUUAUCUGCAACCAUAGCCACGACACAGUCGGCAGCCCUGCGCUCCACACCCACACCCCUGGCAGGGGCCUGGAUGGAGGUGAGGCUGGUGAAUGGCACGGGGAGGUGCUCAGGCCGUGUGGAGGUCUUUGCCCAGGGCACAUGGGGCACCGUGUGUGACGACCUGUGGGACCUAGCCGAGGCCACCAUUGUGUGCCGCCAGCUGCAGUGUGGCCAGGCCCUGGCAGCCCCCACAGGGGCCCACUUUGGGAUGGGCUUUGGGAAAAUCCUGCUGGAUGACAUGCAGUGUGCAGGCAACGAGAGCCACCUGGGACAGUGCAUGCACAGGGGCCAGUCUGGGCUCAAUUGUGGGCACUUGGAGGAUGCUGGUGUCAUCUGUGCAGGCAGUGAGAACCACCUGGGUCAGUGUGUGCACAGGGGCUGGGAUGGGCUCAACGGCGGGCACCUGGAGGAUGCCAGCAUCAUCUGUGCAGGUGCUGACGGUUCUCCGGCCCCCAGUCCCACUGCAGAGCCCGAAGCUGCACCUCCAUCAGACAUGCUCACAGGUGAUGGGCUAUCUGCAACCACAGCCACGACACAGCUGGCAGCCCUGCACUCCACACUCACACCCCUGGCAGUCAAUUGA